AUGGUCAUCAGAGCAAAUGGUGAUGCCAGAAACCAAAUAGGAGUGUGCCCAUUCAGUUAUUCUUGGAGGAGUCUAACAUUUCUUGAUCUUGGUUCCAACUUACUGGAGGGACCAUUACCUGCUUCUCUCUGCAACUUAGAAAAGCUGCAAUAUCUUCUCCUGUCUGACAACAAACUGAACGGAACAAUACCUCACUGUUUCGGGAACAUCAGCACACAGCUCACGGUGUUGGACUUGCGGAGAAACGGCUUUCAUGGGAUGAUUCCAACAACGUUUCCAGAGCGCAAUCAGCUCAGGAAUCUUGGUCUCAACGGCAAUCAACUAGAAGGGCCCCUGCCACGAUCUUUGAUCAACUGCAAGAGCUUGGAAGUUCUCGACGUUGGACAUAACCAUAUAACUGGUCCAUUCCCUGACUGGCUCGGAACUCUUCCAGAGCUACGUGUUCUGAUUUUGAAAUUGAAUAGAUUGCAAGGUCCAAUUGGAAAUUCAUCGAAUAAAUCAUCAUUCCAGAAGCUCAAGAUCUUGGACAUAUCUUACAAUAACUUCACCGGCUAUGUACCGGCCAAGAUGCUUGAAAAUUUUCAGGCUAUGAAGAAGAAUGACAGCGAAACGUCACAACGUCAAUACAUGGGAGACGGUACAUACUAUUUAGAUUCCGUGACUGUAAUCAUGAAAGGGCAAGAAUACGAAGUAAAGCGGAUCCUCACAGUUUUCACAACCAUGGAUUUGUCUGGAAACCAAUUCGAAGGAAACAUUCCAAAGUCCAUUGGAGGUCUCGAUUCUCUCAGGUUACUCAACUUUUCCCACAACAACUUCAAUGGUUUGAUUCCAACCUCAUUGGGGGACGUGGCUGCACUUGAAUCGUUAGACCUUUCUUUUAACCAACUGGAGGGAAGGAUCCCCAAGAACUAA